AUGGUGACUUUGAAGUAUCUGUAUGUCAUUCUUGGUACUUUGCCGCUGCGUGAACUGAUCGCUUCGCAGUUGAAAGAUGAUGUGUUUCUGAUUUCGGCUCCUCGAGAUCUUAGCCUCGAGGAGAAGGAGGAGGUUAUGGAGACAAGCCGAUACAAGCGUAUUGUCAUAGAAAACAACGCUGUCAAGGCCUCUAUGGGGGAGGCGCCAGUUUUUAGAAUGGCAAAAAGAAAAUCGGCGAGAAGCGGAAAGCAUAGAAAAGAAAGAUCAUCCUCCGGCCAGUCUUCGUCUCGAAUCACAACUGAGGAGCCUGAGCUUCCCGAUACAAGUCAAAUCCCGCUGUUUGAUGCAAUGACACAGGUUGUUCCUUCGCUGGACUCCAAGGCUCAUGCGAUGCCGGAUCAAGUCUUGGUUGUUGUUGUUGAAAAUGCCGCAAUCGAGAGAGGAAGAACCUUACAAGGCUUGUACGCAACUCCGGUUGCAAGCGGUGAGACUUCCAAGGUAUUCGGAGUAGAAACUCGCUUGUCAUUAAAUGGGCAUCUUCUCGGUUCAAGAGAUGUCGUCCGAAAGUGCGCGGUCAAACGUCUACAUGAAUAUACAAGUCCUGAGCAAUUCUGGGCCGAAUAUGAGUCCUUGAAGCGCCUGAAAAGCUUGAAUCAUCCUCACCUGAUAGAGACACUCUCUGUCUUCAGAUCCGAGAUGGGUACGACACAGCACUUCAACUUCCUAUUUCCAUUGGCUCUUUCGAACUUGAAACGUCUCUUUCGCGAUCCUUUUGUCCCAGUUCCCCUUCGAAACAGAAAUAUUGAUUCUCUCUGGGGCCAGAUUCCUGGGCUUUCGAGUGCAGUUGCCUACCUUCACGACUCUGCUCAUAUGGCACAUCGCGACAUCAAGCCGUCAAAUAUCCUUAUCUAUGAGGAACCUUCAGGCACAGGACUGUCUCUCAAGCUCACAGAUUUUGGGCUGUCUGUCGACCUAUCUAGAGCCAGGACCUGGGAGCAAGGCAGUCGAGCUCGUCAGUCAGCAUGGUUGUAUGACUCUCCAGAAGUUCGGAACGCGUCUCCCAUGCCAGGGGUGGAAACGAGCGCAAGAAUCAAGAUCCCUUCUUCAUCAGAUUUGAUGGCUAAUGACAUAUGGAAACUGGGAUGUGUGUUUACAGAGAUGCUUGCAUAUCUGGUCUGUGGAGGUUCCUCUGGUGUUGAGGCGUUUCGCGACCACAUAACAACUACAGAAGACAAUAUUUCUUCUGACGUGUUCAACGAUACUCGCUUCGAUGAUGGCGAACAGGUCAAACCUCAGGUUCUCGAGUUUAUUGAGCGAAUGGCGUCCAAUGAUUAUCGAGCCCAGAUGUUGCAAUCCGUCAUCAGUUACAUGCUUGCCAAGUCAGCGUUGAGACCUAAAAUAGCUGAAGUUUGUGAAGAUUUGGCAGAGAAGAACUUCCCGGACAUCAACUUCAAUGAUGGGUUAAGACUGGUUCGGUUCGUUCCAGCGGACUUUUUGGCACCGUCGCCCUUAGAUUCAUUGAGACUGAAAAUUGAGAGAUGGGCUGGCCGGCCAAUAGAUUGGGCUCCACUCAGUGAACCACUACCCAAGCUGGAUGCCGGCGGCUACGUGGCAACUUGGAAAUGGCAUGGAGUCGAGCUCUCUUUAGGUCUUUCACGGGAUGAGUUUGAUCGCUACAAAGCGACUUGCUUCCCUAUGACCACCAAUAAUGUUCCCCUUCUCCCUCUUACACGACAAAGUCCCAAGGCACAGCAGGCUGUUAAACCAAGUUCUUCUAUGCAACCAACCAAUCUCGGGCAACCAUCUCAGUCCUCUCUCGGUACCAAUGCUCUGACAAGUACCAUUUCCUCCGUACUCCGAACAAAUGUAAAUACGAAAGACAUUUACUGGUGCAUCGAGAAGAACUUUACAGAGCCAACAGAGAUAUAUCUUUCUCCUAUUCAGAAUGCAGAGAAGCUAGACGACGAACAAUUGUUUCUUCAAGUCAACAAGGCAAUCGGUAGUACAGAGGGCUGGGUUCGUCGACUCUUCUCAUGGAAGCGUUGUACUGCGAUCGAUUUUGUUCAGUUCCUUGUUAUCUGGGAAAAUAAAGACCAAGUCAACCCUAUCCAGAAAGAGCUUCCUCCCCCUACUACUCCAUUCUAUAACCAUUCUGUUCCUUUGCCUCACGACUUUCACAUGAGAGCAGCUGGAUUGCAGAUGGUAUUUGGAUUGCGUGAUCCAAAAAAGGGCAGAGGAGAAACAACUAUUGUUGAUAUGCUUCCCAAGAAGAGAAACCCUCCCCCUUUCUCGAAGCGAAUAUCAGAACCUGGCUGGGGUCUGCAUGCCAAGAUGGGGUUUUCUCAGCGAAGGUUUCUGGCGUGGCUGGUUUUCUGCAUUAUCUUGGGUGGAAUCUUUGUGGUUUUCUGGCUGAUCUUUAUUAACAAGACAGACCUUCAGAACGCUUCUAUUCCUACUUUUCUAUUCGUGGCUAUACUGACUGUUGCGCUAGGAUUGCUUCAGGUAGCGUAG